CUCGAACAGCAGUAACCGAGCCGCUCGUUGCCUCGUUCGUCUGUGCGGAUAACGUUGCCAUAAUUCUUUUGCCUACCGAUCGAGAGGGACUGCGAGCAACAUGAAUUUUGCCGGAAUCGCCUUUAGCGCCGUCGUGGUGGUCGUUGGACUCCUCGCAGCAGGGACCGAGGCUUUCCCCCUCACCCCCUACGCCCCCAGAGUCGUGAUCCCGAUCCUGAAGGACGACCGCUCGCAGGACGCCUACGGGGGGUACUCCUUCUCCUACGGGACCGGCAACGGAAUCUACCGGGACGAGGUCGGCCGACAGAACUACGGCCAGGUCUCGCAGGGAGGGUGGAGCUACACCUCCCCCGAGGGCGUCCCGGUGCAGAUCACCUUCGUGGCCGACCAGGGGGGGUACCAGCCCUCCGGCAACGUGCUCCCCGUGGCCCCCGCCCUCCCCUACUCCAGGAGGCAAGUCUACUGAAGAAAACAAAGGGAAAUGGAGAGAAAGGAGGAGAAAAGACAUAGAAUUAAGAGAGAAGAAAAGGAAAAGUAUUGAUGAAAUAGUGGAAAAGAAGGAAAGACGCAGAGAAGGCAAUCAUGAAGGAAAAAUAUGAGAGAGGAAAAGUUUCGAAUUACUUUUUUCUCGACUCCUUCGUCAU